CCUCCCCUUAAAAAAAAAACAAAAAAAAAACUUUACCUUCACCGGUCUCUCUCGCGCCAACCGGCGGCGCUCGCUUCCUCGCCGCCGCGUCUCCCCCCGCCAUAGGCACGGAGGCGAAGCCGGCCAACCAGUCGGCGAGAUGCUGCUAGAGGAGCUGCUCCGCUGCCAGAUCCACGAGUGGUACCCGGCGUUCCGCCGCCACACCGUCCCCACCGUCACCAUCCCCCUCCCCGCCGCCUUCCUCCGCUACCUCGCCGGCCAGCCCGCCUACCCUGACCCCAACACCCCUCACCAGGACGCGGAAGGGCCUCCCCCAUUCCUCCUCCCGGCGCUCACCUCCGGCCGCACCCCCUUCCCGCCGCUCCACCUCCCGGACCCCGUCGACCACGACGACAGCUCCGACCUCUUCUCCGGCUGCUCCGACGACGAAGACGACGAGAGCCCGCCUCUCCCCGCCUUCCCCAAGCUGGAGGCCGCGGUCGACGCGGCCAUCGCCGAGCUCGGCGGCGCCGCGCUCCCCAAGCUCAACUGGAGCGCGCCCAAGGACGCCGCAUUCAUGUCCGCCGACGGCACCGUCCGCUGCACCUGCUUCGCCGAGGUUGCCAUGCUGCUCCGCUCCUCCGACUGCGUCGCGCACGACCUCGCCUCCGCGCGCCCGUCCUGCCAGGACUUCGUGUGCGCCAAGGAAGGUGUUCGACGGAAUGCCGGACAGGGCAGUGGUGCCAACAAGGCGGGUGCUCAAUCAAAUAGCGGAGGGAGCACCAGUGGUGCUGGUUCUCCGAGUGAUCCCAGUGAUGAUUGCAACGAGAGAGGCAGGCAAGCUGCUGCCGUCAGUGAUGAUGCGCCUGAAGACGAUGUUGGACAAGACAAUGGUGAUGAUACUUGGGUGGACGACGGGUUCCAGUACUACCUCGCCCUCCGCAAGUGGUACCCGGGCCUCCGCCCCGAGUCAGAGUUCCGUUGCUUUGUGCGGGGACGAAAGCUGGUCGGCGUGUCGCAGAGGGACACAUCUGCUUACUACCCUUCGCUGCCUGGGUGGAGUGCUGAGGUGCAGCCGGAGAUUGAAGAUUUCUUCGAAGAAGUUGUUGCGCCGCAGUUUGCUUCAGAGAAUUAUACAUUUGAUGUGUAUGUCAGAGCAGAUGGCCGGGUGAAGCUGAUUGAUUUCAAUCCUUGGGGCGGCUAUACAUUGCCGCUUAUGUUUACAUGGGAGGAGCUUGAGAACGAGCAGAGAGGAGAGGACGAGCUGGAGUUUAGAGUGGUAAUGGAGCAAGGUGCAGUGAGGCCAGGAUUAAUGACAGCAGUGCCAUAUGAUAUGCUGGAUUGGGGGGAAGGGAGCGGCUGGGAUGUUUUUCUGAAGAAGGCUGACAAUGAGCUCAUCAGACAAACGGCCUCAUUAGGUAUGUAUUCGUAAUUGAGAUCUAGAACAAAGCAGCUUUUGGGGACUCCAGGAGUUGAACAACUGAAGCAACGCCUAUUGGUAAUGUUUCACCUGUCAAAGCUAGAAGUAACAGCCUUCUAUAGAUUGCGAUGCAACCUCACGACAGUAGGCCGUUUUUCCCCGUGACUUUUGUAAUGCUGGAUUGCUUGCACGGGGUUACCGCAUGAUGCUUCAUCUCAGUUGUGUCUUCAGAUAUUUACAGAAACAUAUUUGUAGUGGAAGUUUAUGGCCCAUGGCUGAAAUUGCAAUGGAUCUCUGUCUCUGUAACAUGAAUACAGAAUACACAUUCCAUAUACCUUUGCUGUUUCAUA